GUACAAAUAACAAACAGAAUCAUCAUUAAUUUUUUACUGUAUACCUGAUCGUACAUAAAGUAGUUGCAAUAUGGCAAGUGACAGUGGGAACGAGAGGGGUGUGGAUAACCCGGCAGCAACUGAAGAUGAUGGAACAACGUUGAAAUCAGAUUUGGUUAUAAGCAUCCAACCGCCGGCACAAGAGGGUAACCGAGCCGAGCUUCCUGUAUCAACGACAGAUUGGCGGUCUAGCCGAGGCGGUCGAGGGCAGUUUAUCCCGAUACAUGGCUUAGACUUUCUCAUCGGUGCUUCUAGUCUCCUAAUACAACAAACCGUUGAACUUAAUGACUUGACAUCAAAGAUAGAUUCUGAAAAUAGAUAUGUAGUGAGGGUUCCUCACGGUGAGUCAUUGUACAUUGCAAGUGAAGUGUCUUCUAAAACACAAAGAAGUUUAUGCGGGAUGGGAAGAUCUUUCGUAAUGCACCUGUACGAUAGCACGCGACAGGAAGCUUUAGUGCUGAAGAGGCGACUGGCAGCAACUUCUUGCUUGUUCCCAUGUAGAUUACAGGAGAUGACAGUUAUAACACCUCCAGGAGACUAUAUCGGUCGAAUACAACAGCAGUGGACCUGGAUGGUGCCGUUCUAUCUCGUGAGAAACGCGACUGAUGACGUGUUGUACGUAGUUGAGGGACCUGCAAGUGUUAGACGUAGCGCCUUACAACUGUCUGAAUUUAAGAUUUUGACUGGUGACUCGCUGCGAGAAGUCGGAAAAAUAACUCACGGUUGGGAUCGUGAACUCGUUAGUUUUACCACAAACGUCGUGUAUCCAAAUAUAACGGUGCAACCUAAACAUAAAGCUCUUUUAUUGGCGGCGGCGUUUUUACUGGAAUAUACGUAUUUCGAAAAAGCAAAGACUAGCUGUUGGCGAUUUAAUUGCUGUUAAGUUGGUUAUUGCUAUUAAAAUGGUAAUAAAUAUUUAAACUAUAAUUAAUCAUUUAGGUCUGAAAUUUUACAGAUUCGUUUAAAAUAAAUUUCAUAUUGUUUUUAAA